AUGAUUUUUUGGAUUGAUAACACGAGCAUUUAUGACUGUAGAACCUAUAGUCUCAUUAAACCAUAAUAGUAUGAUGUUGCUAUAAUUUUGGAUUAUAUCAAGCAAGAAUAGUAGCAAAAUAGAAUAGAUGUAAAGGAGAAAUUACCAAAGUUGUUAAAGACUCUAGCUUUAUUGCUUAUCAUCCAUAACAAAAAUGAUAUUUUUAGAUUGCUCCAAAUCUUGGCAUCAAAAGAUUUUAACUAGACAAAACUUUUCAAUGAUUUUAUGAAUAAUCCUGCAGCCUUAUGGUAUAUUGAGUAGAUGAAGGUAGAACCAGUGUAAAUGAUUAUGCAUCAAUACAUUUUAGGAGAAUUUAAGUUCCUAGAAGGCUUAUUUCAAAAAAUCAUCAGUUCUUAUGAUUAAUAUUUACUCAAACUACAAAAUGGGUAAGUAACUCAAGAGUUUAAUUUAUAAGGAGAAUUGUAAUCUAAUUAAAAUUAGACAUCGUAGAAUAAAAAGAAAGGUAGAUUUCAUAAGAAUUAAAAACAAGAAAAUUAAUAUUAAAUAAAUAGAAAUCAAGUCUCUGAGGUUUAAUUAGAUUAAAAGAGUCCUGAAGAAGUCAAGUCUAAUCAAGAUUCAAUAAAUCCAAUGAUAAAUACAGAGCAAGCCUAAAAGCAAAAUUUAGAAGUUAUAUAAUAGUAGUAAAUAAAUAAAGAAAAAACACUCAUAUCAUCAAUAGAGAUAGAGGAUAAAACACUCUAAUAGUAACAAUAAAAUGAAUCAAAUAGAUAAUAAUAAGCAUAAUAAUAGGUAAUACAAAAUUAGAAGCACCAAAAUAAUAUAGACAACCCAAAGGGAUCUUAUUUUUCAGAACAACAAAAAAUUUCAUUGGAAUCUGUUUUUAAAGAUGAUUUACCAGAUUAAAAAUUACCUGGGAUGGCUACAAUGCAAUCAGAUAAGGUUCAACAAUAACAAAACCUCCCUUCUUCUAAAUCCAAAUCUAAUCCAAAACAAAAAGAAUAAAUUACUGAAAUGUCUGAGAAAAUAAAUAAUACAGAAUAAAUAUUAGCAAAUAAUAAUUUUAACAAUGAAUCAGAUAAAAUCAAUUAGUUAAGUGAUACCCUAAGUGAUAAAGAACAAUAAGAAUUUGACUUUUCUCAAGAUACAGAAUUAAUUAAAUUGUAUGAUUUGUUAAAAGAGAAGUGUUAAUAGAAUUAUUGGUGGUCUAAAUUCUAAGAUAGAUGCCAUAAAGCAAUGAGUGAUAAAGAACUUGAGUUGAUAUUGUUUGAAAAAUUACCUAUAUUAAUGAAAAGAUGGGCUAUCAAAACAAGGAAAAAUGUUACUGAAAUUGAAACAACUCUUACUAGACUUCAUAGAGCACCAGAUCAAGAAAAAACAAAUAUAUUGGUGGAUAAUUAAAAUUCUGAUGGAUAGAAAAUAAUUCAUAUUAGUUCUUCUCCAGAGAAAUUUGAUUAUACUAAAUUAAUUGAUGACAAUAAUCUAAAUUAAAAUUAGAAAAAUUCAAUUAAGAACCCAUAGGACUUUUAAUAGCCUUAAAUUCAUAAAUAACAAGAUCAUUUAGAUUAUAUCAAUAAGGAAAGCAAUCAUUUUACUUCUAGGGCAGAUGAUGAUACCUUUAUUAACCAAAAUUAAUUACUGUAAAAUGAGAUUUAAGAAGUAACUCCUUAUUAAAUAAUUGAUAUUGAUAAUGAGAUAUUUAAGAGUUCUCAAGGAGAUAUCAACAAAAAGGGCUAAUCAUCUAAAAUAAUUAAAACAGCUUCAAAUAGAUUGAAUUCAGAAAUUACUAAAUCAAAGGAAAUAUAACCAGAAAAUGUUGAUAAAUAGCUUAAAUUAUAAGAAACUUAAUAAUAACAGAGUCAUUCUAAUAAAUCAAAUAUUAUAUGCAUUGAAUCUUCAAAUGAUGAAAUCAUUUCCAAACCACAAUAGCCAACUUUUCAACAAUAAAAAGGGGAAGGCAUUAAAAUUUAAAAUUAAAACAAUGUUUGUUCAACCUUUUAAUAAGGUAACAACUAAAUGAAUGAUGAUAUUGAUAAUCUAUUUCAAGAUAAUAAUGAUAUUGAUAGUCCAGAUUCAAUAGUAAGUUCAUCAUCAAUUUUGAUCAGUGAUUAAAGUAGCAUAUAGUUUGGUGAAACCUAAGCCAAUAAAAAAUAAAAAGAGUCCAGAGAAUAAAUUAAUCAAUAAAAGAAUAAGGAUAUCUAAAAAGAACCAGAAAAAAAUGUGGAGAAACCUAACACCAAAGAACAAAGGGAAGAAGAAUAAAAAUCUAGAGACAAAAAACUCUCAGAAUCAGAUAUUGAUGUUAAAGAUAAAUAAAAAAAUAAAAAUAAUAAGAGAUAACAUUAAAAAGAAAGGAGUGAAAAUUCAAAAACUAGGUCUAAAAAGGAUAGUAAAGAAAAGAAAAGAGCUAAAAGUUCAUAAUAAUCUAAAAGAAAAGAGAAGAGUAAAGAUAAUAAGAGAAGAAAGAGUAGCGAAAGGAAAAGUGGUCAAGAUAUUCUCAAAUAAAUGUAAGCAGAAAAAGAAGCUAAAGAGAGAUUAAAGGAGGAAUAGAAGAAGAAGGAAAAAGAGAGGAUUCAUUAAGAGAAUAUCAAAAAAGCUGAAAUAAGGCUACAGAAAUUGAGAUCUGAAGAAAUUGAAUUUUAGAAAGAAUAAGAGUACCUUUAAUAACAAGCUAUAUAAAAAGAAAUUAAAGAAAGAGAAUUAAAGGAAUAAUAAUAAUAUCAACACUAGCAUCAACAUCAUCAUCACCAUCAUCAACAUAAGAAAUAUUAAUAAAACUACUAAUAAUCUUAUUAAAAUUAUAAAAAUGAUAAUUAAAUUUAAGAACAAAAUUAAAAAACUAAACCAUUUGAUAGAUAAGUUUAAGAUUAAUAAUAUGGCAAUACAGAUGCAAAAUUUAAACAUCAUAAUUAGAACCAUAAUUAGAAUUAUAAUUAGUAAAAUCAAUAAAAAAUAUAGGAAAGUUAAUCAUUUGGAAAUAGAUCUUAAUAAUACAAUUAAGGCCAUGAAAAAUCAAUGAUGCCCCACUCUCAAUAAAACAAACAAUGGGAUUCAUAAAAUAAUUAAUAAUUCCAUUAGCAAAACUAGAAAUAAAAUGAUAGACACUAAAGAAACUAAAAUUCCAAUGAAUAAGUUAAUGCCCAAUAAAAUCAAUAGUAAUAAAGAUAAAACAGUUAUGCAUUUCCCUUAGAAUAGUAUGGAAUUUAAGAAUUUUUAACUAAAAAAGACUAGACCAUUUAGAAAAACAUUUAAAAAUCAAUUGUCAAUCCUGUCUAAUAUGAUCUUGAAUAAGUACAAUCUCCAAGCAUAAAAUAAAAUAAUUAUAGGAAGUAAUAGUAGUAAUAAUAAUAAUAAUAAUACCCAUAGCAAUUUUAGUAGUAAUAAUAUGAAUCAUAACAAUAAUAAUAACCAUUUUAAUAAUAAUAAUAAUAUUAGCAUCCAUAAUAACAAUAAUUCUAUAAUAAUUAAAAACCAAGGGAUAAUAAAUUUAGAAACCAGUCCCCUCAUCGUCAAUAAGGGUUUUAUAGGUAAAAAUAAAAUUAUUAGAAUCACUAAGAACCUCACAUAAAAAAGCAAAGAAAAUUUAAUCCUUAUCAUGAAUAAUAUUCUAAUAAUUAAAGCUUUAAUCACAAUCAGGGGCCAUCCAAUAUGCAUGCUUAGCCUUACCCUUAUUAAGAUUAAAGGAAUAAUAAUUAGAUGCCUUACAAGAAUUCUAGUUCCUACCCUACAAGUCCAAUCCAUUCAUCAAAUUAACCAUCAAAGCAAUAAAUGUUUGAAUUUUUUUGUUCGAUGUUUUAUGAUAAGUUCUAGUAGACAGAGUGA